GGCCUCUCUUCUCCAUCUCCAUUUCAUCUUCCUCAACGCAUUUCUUCUAAUUUCCCCUGCAAUAUCAAACAAUUGCUCGUCUUCUCCGGCGCCGAUCUCCGGUAACACUCACUUCGUCGACUGCACAGAUCUCCCUUCUCUGAAAUCAUCUCUUCACUGGACUUACAAUUCAACAAAUUCGACACUUUCAAUUGCUUUCGUUGCUCCUCUGCCUUCUUCUGAUGGCUGGAUUUCAUGGGGAAUUAACCCAAUUAAGCCUUCCAUGAUCGGCACUCAAUGCCUUAUCGCAUUCAAAGCUUCAAAUGGAUCCAUGAUUGUUAAUACUUACAAUCUUACUUCGUAUACAUCGAUUACACAAACUGAUAAACUUUUGUUUAAAGUUUUGAAUUCUAAAGCAGAGUACUCUAAUGGCGUCAUGCAAAUAUUGGCCACUUUGGUACUACCGUCAAAUAUGACCACGGUGAAUCAGGUGUGGCAAGUUGGACCAACGGUGAAAGACGGUUCACCAGUGGCGCAUAAGUUUGAUCUUGACAAUUUGAAAUCUAAAGGCACAUUAAAUUUGAUUACUUCUUCCGGUGGCGAUGGAAAAAAUGCCACAGCUCCUGUUCCUGCUGGUGGUGAUGGACAGAGUGAUAAUAAAACGGGUGGAUCUUCAAGAAUUUGGAGUAACAAUACUAGUUUUUACGUCUUCAUUAUGUUCCUUGGAGUUCUGUUUUUUUAACUUAAGGAUCAAAUUAACAAUGUUCCAAUUUGAAAUGAUUCAAUAAAUUAGUUGUUAUUUA